GAUUUUUUGAGGUACUUCCAACGUCAAGGAUGGAUGGAGGAUACGCUGCUGAUUGUCAUGGGAGACCAUGGAGCUAAAUACGACACCUUAAGGAAAACGUACCAAGGAAGAAUAGAAGAACGUCUUCCCCUAGUAGCGGUAAGGUUACCAUCGAAACUGGUAAAGGCGCGUCCACGAGCCCUCGCAUCGUUAAAGGCGAACGCAGAAGUACUGACCUCGCCAUACGAUCUGCACACGACCUUACUCGACGUGGUGGGGCUGAUGAAACACAAGAGCCAACACUAUGUCCCGGGAUCUGAUCUGCCGCGUGGGAUGAGUUGGCUGGGGCCUAUCCCCAAGUCCAGGUCUUGUGGGGAAGCAGGCAUCUUGCCACAUUGGUGUGCAUGUGCCAAAUGGAGGAACAUGUCCACAUCGAACGUCAUGUACAAGAAGGCAGCCGCAUAUCUAUUAGAUUAUAUCAAUAACAUGACUCGUGAAAGGAGAGACGUAUGCCUGGAGAGGACGUUACAAUCGAUACAGUGGGUAUUAAUCUAUAUGCCGCAUAGAGAAAUGCUGAAGAAAGUGGAAAGGGGUAUGUUUGGAGUCGGCAAGCCUGUCGUCGGCAUCGACAAACGGCAGUAUCAAGUUAAAAUAGUAACCGACCCUGCUGAUGGUAUGUUUGAAGCAUCCAUGGUGUAUUACGUCAGGGAGAGGUAUUUUAUGAUGAGCGAAAAGGAUGUGUCCAGAAUUAACGCAUACGGCCAUGAACCCCACUGUAUCGAAGCAACUCACCCGCAUCUGCUCAAGUACUGCUAUUGCAAUAACACCGAAUGGAUGACUGAGACAUCUACACCAGACUUUAAUAAGGCAAAACAGUUGCACUAAGGUAACAGUCCACGUGAUUAAUGGUGUCCAAUCAGCGGUAACAUCACAGCAGUGUACUUUAUUAAGGUCUACGCAGACGGCGUUAUUCGAACGCGCUGACAACGCGCGUUAUAUCCGCCCUAGUUUUUAAAGUAAAGUUUUUGUUUUAUACGGGUGCAACGAAGUGACUGUUGAGAUUAGGUAAGCGGAAUUACGUCCAAAUAGACAGUCCAGGAGCAUCGACUGGCGAGAGAAAAUUAUCCCUCAGUCGACAUAACUAUGCACUGUUCGAAAUUAAAUAUUAUAUAGUUUCUGUAUAGCGUGUACGUUUUAAUUGCAUUUAAAGCGCGUCGUCAGCGCGUUUAUAAACGUCGUGUGCGGAGAUCCUUAUGCUAUCGCGGCCAGAAUAUGGCUUACU